AUGUCUGCCAAUCUAACCUUCUCUCAGAAAUAUUUAUCACCUCUGGCUGUUUACGAUGGUCAGCAACUGACCGAGCUGCCCACGGGCUUCAAUUCGGACGGCAAGUCGCUAGAUAAUGGCCCACGACCACAAGAGCCUUCCUCAGAGUGCUAUAAACAGCACCCAGCUCCCAUUCGUGCGAUCAAGGAAGGAAACAGUUUUGAUUUCCACAUCUACUAUCAUCCAGGGAACGCAGAUGAGACCAAAUACGCAAAAGAGCUCCACGAGCGUAUCCGUCGUGAGUUUCCAGAGAUGCGAAUCUACAAGUUUUGGGAUCGCCCAGUUGGACCACACCCUGUUCCUAUGUUCGAGGUGAACACAUUUACUCCGAUUGAAACAGGCGCGCUCUUUGGUUUCUUGACGGUUUGGAGAGGGCCCCUCUCGUGGGUAGCAUAG